UUUGUCGAAAACGCAGAUGACAAAGAUUUUUAUCUAAAAUAUUUGUUUCAAUUUCGAUGCUGUAUCGACACUCUUUACAAUAUUGUAGGACAUAAACUAUGGAAGGAAUUGAUAAGAAGCAAGAAGCAAGUGGAAGUACAAGUGUCUGCGAAUAUCUUCGAGACGAUGGAAUAGCUUCUAAGAGUCAAAUGCAGUCUUCAUCAUUAGCAAUUGUCAAGUUUUUGGUUAAAUAUUGUGGUGCUGACGUACGUCUCAAAGAUGAGUCGGGGAAAACUGUUUUACAUCACGCUGUUGACGGUGGUACAACAGACAUUGUCAAAUUUUUCGUUGAACAAUGUAGCGCUGAUGUAAAUGGCGAGGAUACAAAAGGGAGGGCUGCGCUGUACUAUGCUGUUACCGAAGGUUCGCUAGAAAUGGUUGAAUAUCUUGUUGAAAAGGGCGCUGAUGUAAAUGGCAAAGAUACUGGCGGGAGGACAGUGCUGCACGCUGCUGUUACUAAAGGUAAACUAGAAAUGGUAAAACAUAUUUUUGACUGGGACGCUGAUGUAAAUGGCAAAGGUCUUACUAAAGGUACCCUGGAAAUAGUGAAAUAUCUUGUUGAACAUGGUGGUGACGUAAAAUUGAAAAGUGAAAGGAGCGAUCAUACUCUUGGCAUUGACAUACUGGAGAUGGCUGUUGAGAAAAAUUCAGUUGCUUUGGUCAAUCUUGUGUUGGAAAAGAACAUCGCUGCAGGGGCGCCGUGGGUGUGCUAAUGUAGGGGUGGCCAAAGCCAACAUUAUUCCGACCAGCACGUUUUUUUUCCGACAUCUUUAUAAGAAAAAAGUAACGAAUAUUGAUAAAACUGACAGGGGGUUUUGGGCAAGGACGCGCAUGCAUUUGCUAUGACAAAGAUCACGAGCUACGUCUACUAAUUUAAAUUGACGCUUCAUGCACAAUGAAUAUGACAGUCAUGACAGAUAAAUAUUCACGUUUUACAUACGCUUUUCAAUUGAGUAGUUGAAUAAUUUUUGACACAGUUAACUGUUUGUCGGAAAACUGUAUUACAGAGAUUUCUAAUCCACGUGCAUUAACAAAUAACGCGAUACGUUAUUUCACGAUACUCUAUUAUAGCUUUAUAAUCUUAGUGGAUGAGCAUACAGCGUAUUCUAUACGCAACAUUUGUUUAUAACCAAAAUAUAAACAUUCGCAAUUGCUUCAAUCCUCUCAUCAGUUUAGUUCUUCCGCUGUACUAUCGUGGUACCUUAUCUUUGUAGCUAUAAACUUCAGGAACCGUUUGACUAAAAGUACUAACUUGAAAAGGAUUUGCUGUAGCUUCAGCAAUCUGAUACGGAACAUGCAGGUGUUUCUUUAGACGGUCACCAUAUAAUGCAUUAAACUGUAUAAACUCACUGAACAAUAAAUGCGUUCGAAAGUACAUCGCCAUUCAUGAUUUUAUCGCGCCAAUCUCCGACAUUAAUAGAAAAUAUGUUUAUCGGAAACCGGAAACGUUCGGAAGAAACAGCUAGUUUAGCCUGCGCGACAACAGUAUAAUAAAAAAUUGGGGUAGUGUCGUACCGUAUAAUAUUAGAAAUAACCGCGUCUAUUUUCUGAUAGUUCAAAUACUUUUGGGUUGUUCAAAAUACAAUAUAUACUCCGACAACAUGCAAUGUUCGUAAAUUUCCGACAGGUUUUAAUCCUGGGGAGGGGCCAUGGCCCCCCCUGGCCCCCCCGGCCACGGCGCCCCUGCAUCGCUGUGUGGAGAGCUGGAACAUUUUGUGUUGAAGGAUGGCAAAGAAGUCUUCUUGAAUGGAGUAUUUACCUUGGUCACGAUGAAAUUGCAACUAUCCUCAAAAGGUCCGUAAAUCAUCGUGAAAAAAUUCAGAUAUUGAAAACAAUGAAUUCCAACCAGUUGGAAGAGACUGAAAUACCGAUCCAGGCUUUUGUCGCAAAGAAUCAAUUCAAAAUUGGCGAUGGUAGUUUUUCUUGUGUGUACGUUGGUCUUAUGAAGGAUGGAAGUGAAGUUGCUGUUAAGAGAAUUUCGGUGCAAAGUGAGAACAAAACAGUAGAAAACGAAAUCAUGAAUCUUAUUGAAACAACCUCUCCAUUCAUUGUGAAAUAUCGACAUUUUCACCGUGACGAUACCUUCAUGUAUCUUGUUGUUGAUCUUUGCGAAGAAAAUUUGAAGGAAUUUGUUCAUGCAUGCAGUAUUAGACAUCUACAAAAGUAUGGCCCACGAAUGAUUAAGGAAAUUCUAUCAGCACUUCAAUUUCUUCACAGUAAAGGAAUAUUGCACGGAGAUCUAAAACCAUCAAACGUCCUGGUCGAUAUCGAUGGUGCAAUGAAAUUGGCAGAUUUUGGAAUAAGUGGCAUUCUGAAUGACGAUGAAACGACAGUUGAAACAAAUGCUGAAGGUACUCCUGGAUGGAUGCCACCGGAAGUAAUUGAAGCAAUAGUUAAAAAAGAAAGAAGUGGUUUUAAAAGAAAGUCCGAUAUUCAUGUCGCGGGUAUGAUUGCUUUUUACGUGUUAACCAAAGGCGAACAUCCCUUUGGAUCUGAAUUAGAUCGAAUGAAAAAUAUUUUAGAGGAUAAUCCUGUCAAUUUGGAGAAACUUAGCAACGACAUAGCUCGCAGGUUUGUGUCGUGGCUGAUUAGUCACAAGAUUGAUGAUAGACCUCAUGCUGACGAAGCAUUGAGGCCUUUUUCCUUCCUGAUGGAUUCUUCAGUCUUCCUGACAGAAAUGACACACCGAGGACAUUAUUUGGACUAGGUAGAACACAUUGAUUGAUUGAUUAAGUUUUUAUUUCAAAUAAUUAAAAAAUCAUCCGUAAUAUACAAUAUAUACGGAUGAUUCUUUGAGUUUGUGAAAUUAAAAUUUAUACAUGCUAGAAUACGCUCUUGCUCGAUUAGAAUGGCUUUGCAUGGGUUAUUGAAUAGUGUACGUGGGGCAGAUGUAUCCCCGUUGAUAUUUAAUAUAAAAACGUCCCUCCCCUUCUUGUAAAGAUAAAGCCUUAUCAGCAAACUAAGUUGCUUUAAAUUUGUACAUUGGCAUAAAUGCUCUAGACAUAGGUGAUUUAAGUUUUUUUCAAAUGUGGUAUAAAUGUGAAAAUAUGCACGGUGCUUUUUCGUGUGUGACAACACCACAAGCCUAAAUAGGCCAGCUCCUAGCUAGCUCUUGUAUACGUACAGCUUUUAAGAUAAUUAAUAAAUUAUAUGAAUUGCACUUUUA